AUCUACCACUCUUUCUGCUUAAAAGCCAAGUAGUACAAACAAUUACUUGUAUCUAAUAUUUAACUUUUAUGUUUAAAUUCUUACACAUAAAAUUGGUAUUUAAAUUCCAAAUCUCAAAAAUCUUGCCAUCCAAAUGUAGAACCACAUUUUUACAUCUCUUUUGUAUUUUGUAGGGGGAGUGAGAAAGCAUCUUCGGUCCCCCACUGGCCACUGCAAGGGAGGGCUCAGAGAUUCCCCCACACCCUUCCCGGUUACUUUUAUGAAGCCACUUUCUCCCUCCUUGUAAUUAAAUCCCCAUUCCCAAACUCUGCCAAUUAACUAACAUAACACAGCGAGCAGCCAUGGAAGAGGCAGAAAUAAUCUCUCCAUCUUCGUCCUCCUCUCUUCUCACCAUCUCCCUGCAGGACUCCCAACCCCCCGUUAAUUUGCAACAGCAGCUUCAAUUCAUCAUCCAUAACCAGCCAGAUUGCUGGGCUUAUGCCAUUUUCUGGCAAACCUCCAAAGACGACAAUGGCAGUCUCUUCUUGGCCUGGGGAGACGGCCAUUUCCAGGGCACUAAGGACGCCGUCCUUAAGCCCACCGCCGGAGCCACCACUGCUCCCGACCAUUUCAGAUCGGGGCUCCACUCAGAACGCAAGAGAAUGAUGAAGGGCAUCCACGCCCUCAUCACCGAAAACCCCAACUUGUUCGACGGCUCCAUGGACGGCGACGUCACCGACACCGAGUGGUUCUACAUGAUGUCGCUUACCCGGUCUUUCUCCCCCGGCGACGGCGUCCCCGGCAAGGCUUUUAGUUCUGGUUCUCUGGUGUGGCUAACCGGCGGUCACCAACUUCGGUGUUGCAACUGUGACAGAGCUGAAGAAGCUCAAAUACACGGGAUAGAGACUCUGGCUUGCAUACCCACUUCGAGCGGAGUGCUCGAAUUGGGGUCUGCUGAUAUUAUUCGAGAAAAUUGGGCUCUUGUUCAACAGGUCCAGUCCCUGUUGGGAUCAAAACAGGGCAGUCCGGCGGAAGUACCAAUUAUGUUCAACGGCCGGAGUUCUUCCUUCGCCGACAUCGGCAUAAUUUCCGGCGUAAACGAGGAAGAGGGUAUUAUUAACAGAGAAGGUUAUCAGAAGAAGAAGCAAGAUCAGGGUUAUGUGGAUUCUGAGCAUUCGGAUUCUGAUUGUCCCGCACUGAUUGCUCAAAUCGUAGAGAAGAAAACGCCGAAGAAGAGGGGGAGAAAGCCGGGGCUGGGGAGAAACGCUCCGCUGAACCACGUGGAGGCGGAGCGGCAGCGGCGGGAGAAGCUGAACCACCGGUUCUACGCGCUGCGAGCGGUGGUUCCGAACGUGUCGCGGAUGGACAAGGCGUCGCUGCUGGCGGACGCGGUGUCCUACAUCAACGAGCUGAAGGCAAAAGUGGAUGAAAUGGAGUCCCAAUUACAGAGGGAAUCUAAGAAGGUGAAGGUAGAGGGCAGCGCCGAUGCAACGGACAACGACCAAAGCACCACCACGGCCUCGGUGGAUCAAGCGAGGCCUGCUUCCUCUUCUUCCUCUGGCGGGGCGCCGCUGGAAGUGGAAGUGAAGAUCGUGGGAGCCGAUGCCAUGAUCCGGGUUCAGUCGGAGAAUGUGAAUUAUCCGUCGGCGCGUCUAAUGAACGCGCUGCGGGACCUGGAAUUUGAAGUCCACCACGGAAGCAUGUCCAGUGUGAACGAGCUCAUGCUUCAAGACGUUGUUGUUGGGGUCCCUGAUGGAUUGAGAAGUGCAGAGGGGUUGAAAGCUGCUCUUCUCGGAAGAUUGGAGCAGUAGAUCGAUAUUGUAGAUCAUCUUUAAUCUCCGUUGGAUUAUCCUGCCGAUGAGUAGAGAUCAAUUUCCGCCUUUGUUUUUUUUUUUUGGUUUUUAGAAAAAUAUAUGUAUGUAUGUAUGUAUGUAUGUAUGUAUGUAGUUUAGAUACAGAGUACUCGGGAACGACCCUAGGCAGCUCCUUGCAUGCGUUGUAAUUAUUAUUAGUAAAAAUGAAAUAAGGAAGCGGGUGUGUUCCCAAAA